GUUCAACAGCUCCAUGGAUGACAUUGCAAUUAAAAGGGAUAAAAAUAAAAAAUACGAUGUCCAGAAGAUAUCAAUUUACAGUGAGCUCAAUUUUCCAGUUUGUGGAGAGUUGUUUGUUUUUAGAGAGGAUGGUGUGCUGCUCACAGCAAAGAUAUUCUACCAAGCCAGAAUGCUCUUCCUAAACCUCCUGUCUCAUGUCUAUUGAAGCACUUAGGCCUCAGUGGGUCUAAGAGCUUCAAGAAUGGCCAGAAGUGAAAGAAAGUGAGUUCAUAAUCACAUUUGUGGUGUUGUUUUUUUGGUUUGGUUUGGUUUUUUGUGUGUGUAUGCUAGGGGUUUUGUUGUUGUUGGGUUGGUUUGUUUGUUUUAAUGCUAUGUCUAUAGAAUGCAUUCAGAGUGUACCCUUUCUGGAAAUCCAGAGAUUUAUGUGUUUCAGCCACUGCUGAUCUGGUGUGACUGGAUCACCAGGAAAGAAAAAUGUUCUGGGCAGUUCAACUGAACACAAUCUGAGAUUUAAAAAAAGUCAAAGAAAUGCUUUUGGCUUAACAAGUUUGCAUCUUAAGACUACUUGACAUGUUGUUAAGCUUUAUGCCUCAGAGCUCUGCUGGGAAUUGCUGUCAGCUUCUGAAAGGCCGGAGGUCAGACUGGAAAGUUCCUAAGCCUUGUCUGAUUAGUGUGGGGAAGAGCAGAGAGGAGGAUCAAACUUCAAGGUGCAGGAACAAAAACACCUGGGACGGUACAGAGUUCCGAGGGCUGAGCAAGCCUGUCUUGCAGGGCUCUGUGCUCGGUACACACAGGUUUGUGUGGCUCAGUAUGGCUCUGCUUGCUGCAAACCCCCCAACCAGUGCCCAUACAACCCCGGGGAGAGCAGGAUGAACAACACCCACUUCCUGCACUGAGAUUUGGGGGGGCACUUUAGAAGGCAAUGUCAGCUGUUGGCUUUCCAAGAAUGAUGUUCAACAGAAGCUGCUCCUUAUAGAAAGGACAAAGUGCUGAAUAUGCCCGGCCAUUGGAAGGCUGGGAGGAAUUGGUUGUAGGUGCUGUGUCUAGGACAGAGUGCAGAGUGGAGACUUUGCUGGGCAGAGCAAGCAGCCUGGUGCCCAUCAACUCUUCUGCACUUUGUUGUCUCCUGACUCAUCUGUCUGCUCCUGAAAAUGGAGUAUGUCUGGUAUUGGCUCGAUGAUUCCAAGCAGUGGAUUGAGUAUGGGAAAGAGCACCUAGGUCACGUCACUGCCACUGUAACAUCUGCAUUUCUGGAGAAUGAAUAUCAAGCUGACAAGAAUGGUGUUAUUUUUUUCAGGGCUGGUUCUCAGCAGUAUAAGUUAGACUUUGCAGACAUGGUCCAAACAAAUGUGCUCUUUAAAACUAAAAGAAGUGUUAUUCGACUGCCUAACUCUGAAGAUGGACAAGAUGGAAGCCAAAACAUGACUCUAUCACAUCAUGUCUAUCCUCCACAGUGGGACCAAACUGCACUACCUGAUAUCGGGUACAAGUUGAUACAGCUCAGCAAUGAUUCCCAAGAAUAUACAAAAAUCAAGAGGCUGUUUGAGAAGACAAUGAAAAAUUACUGCAUCAAACAGCUGCAGAGGAUUCAGAACCCAACACUUUGGGACAUUUUUCAGUGGCAAAAAGAAAAGAUGAAGAAGCAAUUGAAAGGGGUGAACGAGAGGCUCCUGUUCCAUGGCACAAGUCCAUCCCACGUGUCUGCCAUCUGUGAGCAGAACUUUGACUGGAGACUCUGUGGGACUCAUGGGACAAUGUAUGGAAAAGGAAGCUACUUUGCCAGAGAUGCCAGCUAUUCCCAUGAGUUCUGCUCCUCUCUCGGUGGGCGCUACAGCAUGUUCGUAGCUCAGGUUCUUGCUGGAGACUUUGUACGGGGGAACCCUGAGUACUGCCGCCCUCCACCCAGAGACAAAAAUUCAAAUAGACUUUAUGACAGCUGCGUGGAUGACCCAACAGACCCUUCCAUCUUUGUCAUCUUUGAGAAGCAACAAAUUUACCCUGCCUAUAUUUUGGAGUACAGCCUUGAGACCAGCUGUGUGGUCCUGUAAUGAGCGGUGGAAUGUCUUUUGAAUUCACUCUGAAUAAAUUAUUCUUCGGUACUUUUUUUUUUAAUGUUUGUUCAAUUUUAGUUGUAGCUUUAGAACACUUUGUAGUGCAGUGAACCAGUAUCAAUGCCCUGAUUAUUUGGGGAGGCAUAGUGUUUUGCUAGGGGCUAUUCUUUCCCCAGAAGCAGUGCCAAGCUUUAGCAUUCAGCAUAUCUCUAGCCUAGAAUGGGGACAGAUGUACCUACCUUGCAUACCAUAAUGCAGAGUUGAAAUGACCUUGAUCCACUGGUAUGGUCACCUUGGGUUGAUUCCUGCCUGUGAUGGUGCUGAUAUGCCAAAGGGAGGCUGAGCAGGGCAUGUGGAAGAAGAAAAAGCGAAAGUACCUACAUCAUGGUGCUCAAGAGAGGAAUCAUGGCCUGUUUUUGAAAUAAAUGGCAGGAAGCUCCUGCAUCCUGAAGGCUUUGUAAUUAAUUCUGGCAAAGAAUUUGCUUUGUUUCCUGGUCACAUUGCUGGCAUUUCUUCUUACCAUUUUCUGCUGUGUCAAGUCUGCAUUUGGUUAAGAAAAUAAACAACAUUCAGGCCUCAGCCUGAAUGAUACCCUGUGACACCCUGUCC